UUGGAAACCUCUCUCUCGAAGCAACUGCUCGUGUUUGCCCUGCACCUCCCGCCCUACCCUUGCCCCCGCCCUUGGGGACUAAGGUUUCGACAACAUGCACUUCGCCCGGGGAUGGAGAAUAGCAGCAGCCACUACGGCCGCCCUGCUCAUCCGUACCGCAACCGCACAAACCUACUCAUCAUGUAACCCCCUAUCAUCAACAAGUUGUCCGGCCGAUACAGCUCUGGGCAUGACAAUAAACGUCGACUUCACCCAGGGCGCAGUCAACUCUUUCGUCGCUAGUGGAGGGACGCCGACGUACGGCAAAGAUGGCGUGACCUUCACCGUCGCUAAGCACGGCGACGCCCCGCAGCUGACCAGUGUGUUCUACAUCAUGUUUGGCCGCGUCGAGGUGACCAUGAAGGCAGCCCCGGGCGCCGGCAUCGUGAGCUCUCUCGUGCUCCUCUCCGACGACCUGGACGAGAUCGACAUGGAGUGGCUCGGCGCCGACGACUCCGAGGUCCAGACGAACUACUUCAGCAAGGGCCAGACAACAACCUACAACCGCGGCCAGUUCAACCCGGCCGCCAACAACCAGGCCGAGUUCAUCACCUACACCAUCGACUGGACCUCGGACCGCAUCAUCUGGUACGUCGGCGGCACCGUCGUGCGCACGCUCACCUUCGCCGACGCCGACGGGCAGUUCCCUCAGACGCCCAUGCAGAUCAAGUUCGGCGCCUGGGCGGGCGGCGACCCGUCCAAUCCGCCGGGCACCAUCCAGUGGGCGCGGGGUCCGACCGACUACUCCAAGGGCCCGUUCUCGAUGACCGUCCGCUCGGCCGUCAUCACGGACUACUCCACCGGCAAGAAGUACACCUACGGCGACACCUCGGGCACCUGGCAGUCGAUCCAGUCCGACGGCGGCAAGAUCAACGGCAACCUCGGCAGCGCCGGCGCCAUCACCGCCACCGCCAGCGCCGCCGCCGCGACCGACUCCGUGUCGCCGACCAUCCCGCCAGGCGGCAUCAUCGGCGGCAGCUCCACCGCCGGCGGCAGCGGCGCCGCCUCCCAAACCGUCGGCACGAUCCCCGACGGCUGGGUGAUGACCUCGUCGGGCAAGAUCGUGCCGGUGGGCUCCAGCACUGUAAACACCCCCACGCCAAUCCACCACCUCGGCGCCGUCGUCCUCCUCGUCGCCGUCCUCGCAGGCAACCUCUGGCGAUGACACGGCCCCCACCACCACCACCACCACCACCACCACCACCACCUUUGCGACCAGCACAACGACGACGACGACAGCCCAGCCCGGGACUACGACGGGUCCGCCAGCAACGACCCCUAACAGCAGCGGCGGCGGCGGUGGCGACGGUAGUGGUGGUGGUGG